AUGGCCGAUCGGUUGCGACACGGAAUUCAACGUGUUUGGAAAGAUUAUGACUUGCAAACCAGCCACAGUCUGCCGUUGUCUAGUAACAACGGUACCGUUACUAGAAUCGAUUCUGGGAAUCGGUACAAAAGCGGAACUAGUACAAAGUCAAAAAUCGACAAUGACUACAUCGCCAAGGUUUGUUUUGGAUCUUCCCUCCAGCCGAACGAGCCUCGUCGGGCCGACAGAGAUGAGCUCAGAGAAUACGAGGCGGAAGAAACGGAACCAACCGAGUGCGAUCCAACUUCUGUGUACGAUUACUGGGCUACCAGGACUAGGCGAUGGCCACAACUGUGUGCGAUGGCUAAGGAUUUGCUGUGUAUUCCUGCCACAAGCGCAGCGAGCGAGCGAGUUUUUAGCGCCGGUAAAGAUGUGUUUGGUAUCGCCAGGAUGAGCCUUAAUCCGGAGACUGUCGAAGCUCUGGUAUGUCUCCGUUCUUGGUACAGAGCAGGUUUAGUAAACGAAGAUGACAUCGAGGGUUUGGAGGAAAUAGAGGAAUUGAAGGAAUAAAAAUAUGUUCACGUUAACCUUACGUUACAUUCAGUCAAAAUCCAGAAGUUCAUUGGUCAAAAGUCAGAAGUUCAUCAGUCAAAACUAACAUCGCUCGUCAUUCGCAAUCAAAUUUUCCGUUAUUUACCUGUUUUUUAUCAUACGCAAUCUUUUUUGAAAGACAUGGGUUUCAUCAGUCUAUACAAGGCCGGUAAAUUGGGUGUGUUCAACGAAAAAGGACGUGGCCAAAGUCUCUGUUUUCUCGCAUCACUGUUUCAUGAAAUAAUGCUCAAGGUCUAUUAAUUAAAAAAAUGUGGUUUGUUGCACUCAUAUGUUAAUUGCUUAACGGCAUAUUAACAUCGCUCGUCAUUCGCAAUCAAAUUUUUCGUUAUUUACCUGUUUUUUUAUCACACGCAAUCCUUUUUGAAAGACUUGUUCUUGGUUUGUUUUCGUAACAAAUGUCAAAUAAUUGCAUGUGUCAUGAAAUUAUGCUCAAGUUUUUUAAAAUAAAGAAAUGUGGUUUGUUGCACUCAUAUUUUUAUUGUCAGUUUAUUAUGAAAAUGGAUUUUAAAUGAAAAA